GGAUCCCACUUCGUCCAACCCUGAAAGCCAACUUAGACUUCCAAAGCGAGGCAACAGCUCGCCGGCGAACCGCCAUGGACAGAAGCUCUUGGCGGCGAAGGGAACUCGUAUUCCUUGUUCUCUACGCUUUUGCCUUUUACGUUUUCAUCAUUCGUCGCUCCCUCCAACUUGCGCACGAUCAUUACGGAAGACUCUAUGGCUUGCGUUAUGGCUGGUUCUGGGAUCGGCUUAAUGAUGUAUCUGAUGCCCAAUGGAGAAAUUUCCGUGGAAAUUUACCCAUUCUUACAGCUGUUUUUGGAAUUUUUACCUUGAUGGCUAAUAUGUUAAGGCAAUACCAUCAUCUAAAAGCAAAGGGAAUGUCCGUUGUUUGGCUUUUGAUAUCGUUGGUUUAUUUGUCAUAUCUUCACGGAGCUUGUCUCAUCUUUAUCCUCCUGAUUGCUUCAGUUAAUUUUCUUCUUGUAAAGAUAUUUGGCCGGAAAAAGUAUUUCCCGUUUGUGCUUUGGAUUUUCAACAUAUGUAUUCUUAUAUGUAACCGUGUUUUUGAGGGAUAUAGGUUCUCAAGUUUCGGACAUCAUUUGGCAUAUUUGGAUAACUUCCGUGGUACCUUCAGAUGGCACAUAUGCUUUAAUUUUGUUACAUUACGCCUGAUAAGCUUUGGGUACGACUACCACUGGGCCUGUCAUAAUCCUCACUUUGAUCAAAAGAAGCACAUCCUAAGUUGCCCUAAAUGUUCAUCAGGCCAAUCAUGCUACCUAUUAUUACAGGAGAAAAAUCUCCAGAGUGGUAAUUUCUCCUUUGGUAUAUACCUAUCUUAUUUGGUAUAUGCUCCCCUCUAUAUUGCUGGACCAAUUCUAAGCUUCAAUGCAUUUGCUUCACAGCUAGACACUCCUCAAAAAAACUAUUUACUUAGACAGGUGGUGUGGUAUGGAUUGCGCUGGUUUUUCAGUUUUUUCCUAAUGGAAUUAAUGACACACUUUCUUUACUACAAUGCCUUUGCUAUAAGUGGCUUGUGGAAACAAUUAUCUCCAAUGGAAGUCUUCAUCGUUGGAUAUGGGGUCCUAAAUUUCAUGUGGCUUAAGUUUUUCCUAAUCUGGCGCUACUUUCGGUUCUGGGCAUUGGUCAGCGGCAUUGAGGCUCCUGAGAAUAUGCCAAAAUGCAUAAACAAUUGCUAUAACUUGGAAAGUUUUUGGAAAAACUGGCAUGCUUCCUUUAACAAGUGGCUUGUCAGGUACAUGUACAUUCCACUUGGCGGUUCUCAAAGAAAGCUAGUCAAUAUAUGGGUCGUCUUCACAUUUGUUGCCGUAUGGCAUGAUUUAGAAUGGAAGCUUCUUUCUUGGGCAUGGUUGACGUGUAUAUUCUUUGUCCCAGAAAUGAUUGUGAAGUCAGCAGCCAAGACUUUUCAGGUUCACAGUGCUUUUGAGGACUUCAUUUUUCGUGAACUCAGUGCAGUUGCCGGUUCCAUCACAAUCACCUGUCUUAUGGUAGCCAACCUUGUUGGUUAUGUGAUUGGACCAUCGGGCAUGAAUUGGUUGGUUUCUCGAUUCCUUCAGAAAGAAGGUCUACCGACACUUGGUGGCAUGUUUGUUACAUUUUACGUUGGCACAAAGCUUAUGUUCCAUAUUCGUGAUGCCAAGCAAAGGAGGGACUAAAAAUUGGGUGAUACAAUGCCAUAUUAUUAUUUUGUCCAACUGCGCAAGUACUGGUUAGGCUUUAUGAAUAGGAUAUUACUCCAAUAGUUUAUUUAACAUCAACAUUCAGUUUGAAAUUUAUCAAUUCCAGGCCUUAAUCUCUAGUGCCAAUAUGACAA